UGACCAUUUCUCCGAGCGCACGGGAACUGAGGUAUUGUUUCUGAUUUUCUGCCAGUUUCAACUUCCAAAUCUCUCAAGCUCCUGAGCUAAUGAGGCAUAUAAUCAGACAACAAUUCUUGUUCUCAAACUCAAGCUAUAAGCUUUUUAGACCUCAGGUUUCCUUCCUUUCAAGCCUCUCUAAAUCCCAUUCGAACAAAUCCCAAGAACCCGAAUUGCAAGCCCAAGCAGAAUCUAGCUCUAUCAAUCCGCUCUUCAGGGAGAUCACUGAAAUUCUGGGAGCUGAUAAUGUAAUUCCCGAAAAAUCCCCAUCUGGGAUCAUAACAAGUGAGUUCAAUGAAGAAGUAAAGGUUCACACACAAAGUGUUCGUGAAAAUGUUGAGCCCAACAAUGUGUUGCAAGGGAAGCAGAAUUUCUCAGUGUUGGAUGAAAUUGAUGUUAGCCCUGUAGUUCAUGAGAUCACUGAGAUUGUUCGCGCAGAAAAUGACUUGGUUUCAAUGGAGGAGAGGUUAGAGAGUCUAGAGUUUCAGUUUGAACCGGAGAUUAUUGAGAAAGUUUUGAAGAGAUGCUUUAAAGUUCCACAUUUAGCUUUCAGGUUUUUUAAUUGGCUGCGGAUGAAAGAUGGUUUUUAUCAUACAACCAAGAUUUACAAUACCAUGUUAUAUAUAGCUGGGGAAGCGAAAGAAUUUAAGGUGGUGGAUGAUUUGCUAGGGGAAAUGGAGAAGAACUCAUGCGAGAAGGAUAUUAAAACUUGGGCCAUUCUUAUCUCUCAGUUUGGGAAGGCAAAAUUAACAGGCAGAGCCUUGUUAUUCUUUGAGGAGAUGAAGAAAUCUGAGUGUGAACCUGAUGAAAAAAAUUACAGAACGAUGGUGCAUUUUCUAUGUAAUGCUGGCAAAGGUGAGAUUGCAUUGGAAGUUUACAAGGAGAUGACCCAAAGGGAUAUGGGACUGGAUUUAACUUUGUACAAAAUGUUACUGAAUACCAUGGCAAAGUCAGGAGACGUUGGUGGUGUAAACUUGGUUGCUGAUGACAUGAAUAGGCUUUCCCAGAUUCCGGAGCAGCAUGUUCAUGUUUAUGUACUGAAAAGCUUUUGUAUGGCAGGGAGAAUUAGAGAAGCUUUAGCAUUGAUUCGCGAUCUCAAGAAUAAAGGGAUACCAGUUAACUAUGAAUAUUUUGAGAUCUUAGUGAAAGGACUGUGCAGGGCUGGUAAUAUUGCAGAUGCUAUGGAAAUCGUUGAAAUUAUGAAGAAAAAAUCUUUAAUUGAUGCAAAGAUUUAUGGAAUUAUCAUCAGUGGAUACCUGAGGAAGAAAGAACUUUCUAGGGCACUGGAGCUGUUUCAAAGCAUGAAAGAAUCCGGAUGGCAACCAACUGCUUCCACCUAUACAGAAUUAAUGCAACACCUGUUCAGUUUGAAUCAGUACAAAAAAGGAUUCGAUCUAUAUGAUGAGAUGCUGGGAAGAGGAAUUGAGGCAGACUGUGUAGCAAUCAUGACGAUUGUUGCAGGUCAUGUUCGCCAGAAUCAAAUUUCAGAAGCAUGGGAAGCAUUCAAUAAUAUGGAAGACAAGGGAAUCAUUCCCACUUGGAAAUCUUAUUCCAUAUUCAUUAAGGAGCUCUGUAAAGUUUCAAAAACAGAUGAAAUUUUGAAGGUUCUGAACAAAAUGCAGGCUUCCAAGAUAUUCAUUAAUAAUGAAAUAUUCAAGUGGGUUAUAGCUUGUAUGGAGAAGAAGGGAGAAAAGGACAAUAUUCAAAAAGUGAAGCAUAUGCAAAGUAUGUGUAGUCUUCAUUCUCUACAAUGCAAGGCAUCCAUGGAUGAGGAGCUCAAAGUAGAACAGAAUCAUAACCAACUCGAGCUUGGAAUGAUAGAUCAGUCAGAGCAAGGAAUGACGGACCCUUACUUGUUGAAACCAUUUUCAAAGGGCUAUAAUGAGCAGGACCUGCAAGAAAUCAGUUCGAUUUUGUCAUCUUCAGACAAUUGGUGCAUAAUGAGAGAAGCUCUGGAGAAAUGCACUGUUCAGUUCACACCAGAAUUGGUUGUGGAGAUAUUGCGUAACUGCAGCAUGCAUGGCAAUGCUGCAUUACAUUUUUUUUCAUGGGUAGGUUUGCAAACUGGCUGUUGCCACACUACAGAAACAUACAACAUGGCUAUGAAAAUUUCAGGACGCGGGAAAGAUUUCAAGCACAUGAGAAGCCUUUUUUAUGAGAUGAGAAGGAAGGGUUGCUUAAUAACACCAGACACUUGGGCAAUCAUGAUAAUGCAAUAUGGUCGAACAGGUCUUACCGAGAUAGCUUUAAAAAUUUUUAAUGAGAUGAAAGAUAAUGGUUAUAAUCCAAAUGAAAGUACCUACAAGUAUUUGAUCAUCAGCCUUUGUGGGAGAAAAGGUAGAAAGGUAGAUGAAGCUAUUAACAUAUUCCAGGAGAUGAUUCGUGCUGGACACAUCCCUGACAGGGAAGUGGUUGAAACUUAUCUCUGUUGUUUAUGUGAAGCUGGUAAAUUAUCAGAAGCCAGAAGGAGCUUAGAUUCUCUUCACAAGGUAGGUUUCACAAUUCCUCUUAGUUAUUCUCUGCACAUUAGGGCGCUUUGUCGAUCAGGACGCCUGGAAGAAGCUUUAUCCUUGCUAGAUGAGGUUGGUGCAGAACAAACUUCAUUGGAUCAGUAUACUUAUGGAACCCUUGUUCACGGAUUACUACGAAAGGGACGACAAGAAGAAGCAUUGGCCAAGGUGGAUUCCAUGAAACAGACAGGCAUUCAACCAACAGUCCAUGUUUAUACCUCCUUAAUAGUUCAUUUUUUCAAGGAGAAACAGAUGGAAAAAGCUAUGGAAUAUUUCAAGAAAAUGCAAGAAGAUGGCUGCAAACCGACAAUCGUUACAUAUUCAGCAUUGAUCCGAGGAUACAUGAACAUGGGAAGAGAUGUUGAUGCUUGGAAUGUGUUCAAUCAUAUGAAAUUGGAAGGACCAGCGCCAGAUUUUAAGACUUAUUCAAUGUUCAUUGAUUGUCUCUGUAGGGCAGGUAAAUCUGAAGAAGCCUUGCAGCUUAUAUCCCAAAUGGUAGAUGAUAGGAUUGUUCCAAGUACUAUCAAUUUUAGAACUGUUAUUUUUGGGCUGAAUAGAGAAGGUAAACAUGAUUUAGCUCAGACUGUAUUGAAACAAAAGUUGGCUUUAAGAAGCAAACGCAAGUUCUUGACAUAAUCUGCUGCUUCUUUUUUGGAUAGAUGCAUGCUCUAAUUGCAAUUUUUUUGGCCACCAGCUUUUUUUUGUGGGAUUAACGUAUGACAAUUGAAUGAUGCAAAGUUAUUUGUUAUUAUUUAAAACAAACCAAAAAAUGAUUUUCAUUGAAAAUUCUUCAACUAAACGGUAAAAUACAUGCCUUUCUUUUGCCAAAGAUAUAGGGAGUUCUUUAGAUAAAGCCCAAAAGGAAAAUAACUCCUAAUUAAGUCUAAAUCCACUCCAAUAGAUAAGCCAAAAGCAUAAAGAAAUAGACCAAACAUAACCCUAAGGAGCCGGACAAGCUGAAUGAGGAUGGAGAUUCGGAUAAAGCUUGCAGCGAGGGCACCACGCGUCUAGAAACUCCUAUCAAGAGAAACUAAACAUUGCAAGCCUAAAGAACCUAUGGUCAGCAACUCAAAGCAGUAUCUCAAAACAACCAGUCCACUAAGAAUUUAUAUGAGGGAAAAAAACCCAAAUGCAAGCCUAGAAAAAAAAUUCCCAGGAAUCUAUGAUGGAGCAAAGAAAAUCGUCAGACCAUUAGCCAGAUCUAAACAUCAACAAUAGCGAAGCAACGAGAGCUUUGAUGCCGAAGCAACCCACCAAAAGAGUAUCAUGAGCGUUAUCGAAAUAGCUGAUCAAGUUCUUCCAAGAAGAGAGGCCAGCUGCAAACAAAAACAGAACUAGCAAACCAAAACACACAACAGAAAGUAGGUGAGCACCAUAAAUCCUCAAACAUUUUUUUUCUUUAGAAGCAUGCCCAUAAAUUGAUCUUCAAGACCUCACGUCGUCGCAUGUAGAGUGUGCAUAUGUAAAAUUUAUAUAAAAUAAAAAAGUUUAUCAAAAUUAUCAUGAUUUUGACAAUAAUUAGUUUUAUCUCUAAAAAUUCCUCUACUAUUCACGUGCUCCAAAAAGCAAGAGAAAGUUCGACCAACGACCAAUAAA